AUGGCUCUUCUCACCGAUCUGAUCAACCUGGACCUCUCCGACACCACUGAGAAGAUCAUUGCAGAGUACAUAUGGUGGGUUCCUCUCUCUCUCUCUUUCUUACUGCUUCCUCCAGCGUUGCCAACCUUCCGCUCUGUGUUUGACACCUCCGGGUCUUCUCCUUCACGACCUGGCCGGCGGAUCUAGGCGUAUUCGGUGUUUCCUCCCCCCGGGGGAGGACGAGAUCUGCCGGCCUGUUCGUGGUUCUCGGGGUCUCUUUCCCAUAUUUUCACCGCAUCUACGUGGGUUUUCCCCUCCUUUCUCCCUUUGACCGCGAGUGGCGCGUCUAGUGACGGGGAGAUGUUCGGCAGUUGGUCUCACCCAGUCUGUCCUCACGCGUCUGGCAGUGAUGGGAUCCCAGUGCUUCUCUUCUUUACUAUUUUUCCAUGCUGUUGUUAUUUAUUGUGUUCUUCGAAGAUGAUCCUCCUUGACGGAUAGAUUUCUUCCAUGCUCCUUUUGAUAGGAUCGGUGGCUCUGGGCUGGACAUGAGGAGCAAAGCCAGGGUAUUUUCCGACGACACUCCCCGUCCUAUUCUCGUUUCCGGCGCUCGAUUUUGCCAUUUCUGAUGCUUGAAUUUCUCUUUUUCUAAAAAUCGGAAACAAACAGACGAUCACCGGGCCCGUCGAUGACCCCAGCAAGCUGCCCAAGUGGAACUACGACGGCUCCAGCACCGGGCAGGCCCCGGGGGAGGACAGCGAAGUGAUCCUAUAGUGAGUCUGCCACUCCAAGAAGGGGUGUUCCCCUGUGCGUCUCUUCCUUCCUGAUUUUAGGGUUUUCUGACGGGUCACUGUCGAUUUUCUUCCCUGGGCAGUCCUCAGGCCAUCUACAAGGACCCGUUCAGGAGGGGAAACAACAUUCUUGUAAGAUUCUUAUGCCUCAAAGCCACCAUUCUGCCUCUCUAUCUCUCGUUCUCUGUCGCUCUAGAUCGUUGAUCUACAAUAAUUGGGUUAAUAAAUUAUUUAAAAAUGAAUGGGUCUGAAUCGCAUUCAUUUUGACGUUGACGACUCAAGACGGUGACGAUGAUCGUCUCCGUCGUCAACCCCAUGGUUGUAAAUUUUCAGUAAGAUCAAACAUGGAAUUCCGUGCCCACAAGACUCGCGAUGAGAUUCCUCCAUUAUUUUUUGCCUGAUUCGGAAUCUGGGUACUUCGAAAUUUCCCCGCUUUAGGUCAUGUGCGACUGCUACACUCCGGCGGGCGAGCCGAUCCCUACGAACAAGCGUUUCAAUGCGGCCAAGGUCUUCAGCAACCCUGAUGUUAUCGCCGAAGUGCCUUGGUAUGAUCAGCUUUGAGCCAUCCCCAUAUUCUUUUCUUUUUCUUUUUUUUUCUUUUUUUUGUUUCUCUUCGAGAUAUUUUUUUAUUUUUUUCUGACAAAAAUAAAAUAAAAUAAAAUAAAAUCAUGGGCAGGUAUGGCAUCGAGCAGGAGUACACCCUCCUUCAGAAGGACAUCGGUUGGCCACUUGGAUGGCCCGUGGGCGGCUUCCCCGGUCCUCAGGUUUGCCAUUAUGAUCCACUUACGUCCCCAUGAUUUUCACGAACAUCUUCAUUAAAUCUUCAAAAAAUUUGCUAUCCGAUUUUCCUUUGAAUAUUUUCAUUUUUGAACCCUGAUUUUUUUAUUAAAUUUCCAUAUUUAUAUGCAUUUAGUUUUCCAGUCUGCGAGAAAUUCCUAUUAAUAGAAGGGGUUGGUUCCUGUCGGCUUGUAGUUAAUUCCAUAUUAGCCAUGCAACGGUCGGCAAUUUUCUCGUGAAUUACUGCUAUAAAUAAAUAAAUAACCAUUUAUGCCGAUUACUUUUCGCCAGGGCCCAUAUUAUUGUGGGACGGGGGCUGACAAGGCCUUUGGUCGUGACAUCGUCGACGCCCACUACAAGGCCUGUCUCUACGCAGGGAUCAACAUCAGUGGCAUCAAUGGCGAGGUCAUGCCAGGCCAGGUGGGGGAGACUGGAAUUAUUAUUAUUCUUAUUAUUAUUGCACCUAUUUUUUAAAUAUUUAAUUCCUUUUGAAGAGAAAAUUUGAUGAUAAUAAUAAUAAUAAUAAUUUUCUCUUCUUCUUCUUCUUCUUCUCAGUGGGAGUUCCAGGUGGGGCCAGUCGUCGGCAUAUCGGCCGGUGAUCAAGUUUGGGUUGCCCGCUACAUACUGGAGGUCGGCUGCUUCCUUCACUGAGAGUAUUUUAAUCUUCCUCUGAUCCCCAUGGCUGAUCCUCUCCAUGCUCGCCCUCCAAACAGAGGAUCACUGAGAUUGCCGGCGUUGUGGUCUCCUUCGACCCCAAGCCGAUCAAGGUUCGAUAUUUUAUUUAUUUAUAUUUUUAAAUCCCUUUUUUAAUCUUGCUUUUAUUGAUUUUCUGAUCUUAUUUGCUCUAUUUUUGGGGACCCAGGGAGACUGGAACGGAGCGGGUGCCCACACAAACUACAGGUUGGUUUUUAGUCGGUGGGCAUGCUUGCUGAUCGGUCAAAUCGUCGUGUCCUGAUGUGGGUGGAAUGUGUGCUUGUUCUUGUCUCAGCACCGAGUCGAUGAGGCGCGACGGUGGGUAUGAGAUCAUCAAGAAGGCGAUAGAGAAGCUUGGCCUCCGGCACAAGGAGCACAUCGCCGCCUAUGGGGAAGGGAAUGAGCGCCGCCUCACUGGACGCCAUGAGACCGCCGACAUCAACACCUUCCUAUGGGUAAAACCUUUCUUUAGACCUCUCUCUCUCUCUCUCUCUCUCUCUCUCUCUCUCUCUCUCUCUCUCUCUCUCUCUCGCUCAAGGGCGUGAUGUAUAUCAAACCCGCAGGGUGUGGCGAACCGCGGGGCGUCGAUCCGGGUCGGUCGGGAGACGGAGCAAAAUGGGAAAGGUUGGUCCUUUUCUCUGUUCUCCGUUUACCCAUUGCUCGAAUUAGAGAUUUGGAUCAUGGGUUCACUUCUUCUUCUUCAGGGUACUUCGAAGACCGGAGGCCGGCCUCCAACAUGGACCCCUAUAUCGUCACUUCCAUGAUCGCCGAGACCACCAUCCUCUGGAAACCCUAA